UUUUAAGUGUGAGCUCGUAUCAGUGCUGUGGAGGGACUACGUUGAAAAGACUGAGUAAGUCUCCUGUCACUACGGCAAAGUUGACGUCGGCGAUCACGAACGCCCGUCUGUGCAAGCGCCAGAGUCCGACGUCUAGCAUUAUUAACCAGCGUCCAUACGAUGCGAUAGCAGUGUUAUUCACUGCGUGGAUGUGGACUUGCUGCGUUGGUGAUCUGCGGCUUUGGCGGGAACAGCCAAAGCCACUUAGAAAAAAAAAAAUGUGGCUUUGGAACAGCUCGGCUCCGGUGUCGAGUGUUGCGACAAACGCCAGCCGCGUCGCAGCAACGCAAAGAUGAUGAUGAUAGUGGACUAAAGGAAGGAAAGACCUCUCGUUCUACAACCCGUGAGGGAGCACGGCCAAUGGCACGGCGGAGCGUCGAGAACUCUCGCCUCACAUCACACGUGUGCAGAACAAACGCUCAAGUCCACCAAUCGCAGUCGCGGCGCUGUCUCGCGCCGCGUUCGAUGCAACGAUGGUUCUGUGUUCUAUGGCCGGCCACGAAGCGUUCGAUCCGCGUUUGAUGAAACGCUAGCGCGCGUUCGAUGUAGCGUCGACGAGGAGGUGGGUGCCGGCGGUCGACUAUAAAUAGGCGGCUUGCACGAGGGCCCAUGUCGCACUCCGCCGUUAGCUACUGGCCGGUGCGUUUCCCAUCCACGAACCUGCGUGCAACGACUUGCCUGUUAGCGAAAGCGGCGGUGGUUCCAGCACAACUGCCGUGGCGAGUCUCAAGGUGCGCUGCGGGACUGUGAAGGCGAUUGGUGAAGGCCAUGGUGAAGGCGAAUGGUUGGUGAUCACCGUCGCCAGCGUCUCCAGUGCCCUGCAGCCAUGAUGUUGGAGUCUCUCCUCCAGGACAUGGAGGCGACAAGGAUCCUGGUGGUGUUAUCCCUCCCGGCCUCGCAAACUUCUACACGCAAGCCGCACCCACGUUGGGACGGACAGGCCGAGCCUGCCGCCACAUCAUGGGCUCUCUGGACAGCCCAGAUUUGGUCCCUCGGAGCUUCGCAGUGAGGAGCACGGAUCGUCGCGGACCUGGUGGGACGUGUCCCAGGAUGAUCAAGAUGGCUUGACGCCUGCCUGUUCACGGAGACAGCCUGGUCAACCCACACAGGAGCGGCUGACGGUCCAGUUGGGCAGCCAUCCGGGGACCAGCGGGACGGCUGAUGGACGGACGGUCAGCCCGUCAGUCAGCGACGGACCGGCGGCUGACGGUCUGUCCUGUUGGCCGUGCCUGUGGCUGUGGUCCCGCCUGAGGGCACCAGCAUUGCCUUCGGCACAAUUUCGCUGGCUUCUGCCAGCGAAGAUUUUCACCUGCCACGACCCUCGAGCCCCCAGAGGGGUAGCCGUGCCUACUUGGUGCCAGGACGUGGGUAGCCGACGUACCCGUACAAAGUCUUCGUACCGAACCACUUCAAGAAGACGCCGUACGCCAACAAAAGUGGUAAUAUAUUGCACGCCAUUGCAAGAUCCGGCACUCACUUCAUCGGCCAGCGUGAUUUUCAUGGCCGCAAGUGGCGUACCCGACCACCAGAUAGCAUACCGCCACUUCGCGGUGGGCUUCUUCUACCGUGAAAGCGCUAAGCUAGUGGAGGUAUGCGAGGCUGGCCGAAACUGUGACGGGCAGCCCUGUGGCAUUCCGCUCAUGGAAACGAGAUUCCGAGAUCAUGGCUGUGAAUGCCCCACAAGUGGAAGAUUUCGGCCUUCACAAUUCACCAUAAACCAGGAGGAAAAUUGUUCAAAUCUGCAUGCCAUCGACACGUCGUGCGUCAGACCAGUGCUGCUGUCUUGAAAGUCAUAUUACAGGGAAAGCGGCCACGGCGCAUGACCAGAGUUGUGGUAUACUGCAUGCCAAUUGAGCAGUCACCGCUGGCCGGCUCGGCCAGCACGAUGGCCAUGGCGGCAAGUGCCGUGCCCGGCCAUGAGCGGGCGUAUAGGCACUUCGCCGCCGGCUUCUUCUACGCUGGGAGCGUAGACUGUGUCGAGAUUUGCGAGGCCAGACGGGACGGUGCCACGGGGGAUCUCGUCGCCUUCCGGAGCUGGCGACGAGAUUCGCAGAUCAUGGCCGGCAAUGCCGACAAGCGUCUGUCUGGUGGCCGGCGGCCGGUUGGGUCCCAGGACCUGCCACCACUGCCCCGCAUCCAGCACAGGCACCUCAGCCGCCGCCUUCCGAUCGUAUGUGUUCACCUCUUUAUCGCAAACGUUGGCAAUGACGUCCGGUAUAACCGCACAGCAGACACAAUGUUUCCAUGCAGUGAGAGAGAAUCAAACACAGCGACAAUAAUGGCAGGUUUUGUAUUUCCCACCAAUUCGUUACAACUUAGUCUUCACGAAAAGAACGCAAUUUAUUGCGCGAAUCGUUUAACCUUCGAAUUGACGUUUGCCUCGUUCGCUCGCACUUUACGGUCAUCGGCAGCAGGCCAAGUCAGCCCCCCGUCUCCGCAGCCGCUCAAUCCUCUCGUUACCUUUCACUCACUUCUCGUGGUAGCACGCAUUCUACGGGUCGCAAACGUGCCUUGGCAUAGCGACUUUCUUCAGUCAGUCGACACGACAUCAUGUACACACGCGGCUGAACAGAAUAAAAGGGCGCAUUCUCAGGACAGGGUUUUCACGUUUCCGCGUAGAACUUCGAGUUCCGACCACUGCGUCACUGCAGCUACAUUCAGAUGAUGGAAUAGUAAGAACAUGUGACGCAUGUCGACGAGUGUGAUCGGCGGCGCCGUAUGAAUCGCCACUAUUGGCGUGCUUCGCCGAGGAGGGUGGAUAUUGUAAGAAUAAGGUACCCUGCAAAAAAUGUUUCCUUUAAAAAAAAAAAAUUUAUGGCAUCGCCCUGCCGCACCAUUUCUGUAAAGAUCUCCUUUCUAUUUUUUAUUUUUCUGUAAUUUAACAAGUUUCUUUCUCUUUUACAGUAAGAGAAAUUUGGUUUUACAGAGAGUUAGCCGCUUCGCAUUGCAGGAAAUGUUCUGUUUGCUGUUUAUAUUUUUUAUCAUUUAAAUAAUAUAUUCUGUUUGAUUUUCUCGUCGAGGUUGCAUGAGGCUCUGCGGAGCUCCGCCCUCGACGACCAAACCUGGGCGACCCAGCACGCCCGCGAAGCGGCGGCGAGGCAAGCCCUCGACGUCCCUUCGUGGGAGGCUUAGGCCCGGCCAUCAUAAUGUGCUGGUUUUACAACAAAAGUUUAUUCCUUCUCCUCCUGUUUGAUUUUACAGAAAAUGUAUGUAGUAAAUAAGUGUCCAUUUUGAGGAUCAGUGAAAGUUUUGUUUUCUGUUCAUAUUUUUCCGUUUCUUCACAAAUCUUUUUUUCCUUUUCCGCCGUACAGAAGUGUCGUGUGUAAAUACCAUUUUCUAUGAUGAUGAAUAAUGGACGAACCAGGACUGUCGCUGAAGCCAACCCUUGGAAGCGGCACUUCUCUACGUGUGGGCAGCUGCCGCUCUCGCGAAGGGAAUUUUCUUUCAAGAAACGUUGAUUGUAGCCAACAUUCCUUGCUCUACCAGUGUUUGUCGCUUCGUGCCUCCAUUUUCAUCCGAAGGUCUCUCAGGUUUGAGUUCAUUAUCGCGCGUCACAUGAUCAUUAUAUAUAAAACAGAUUUAAUCUAGAUGUGCAGCUGGUCUCAAAAUGAAAACUGGGCUCUGUGCCGAAAGCUGAAUAUGUUCAACGCAGCGCAAAAAUACAAAGGUCACACGUAGCGCUCGUGUGUGUCUCCGUUUUUAAUUUAAUCUUUUUUUGUGCUGCUGGUAAAUAUGGCCCUCUCUUUUUCUAUAAGUGGUUAUAAUAAAUAACUUGUAAUUUGAGACAUUGUAGAACACUUUGUAUCCUUUUAUUUUGCACCAAAGCAUCACUGGAUAGAUAAAUAUGAGAACAGGUGUUUAGUAGAACUCCAUUUGCGCACGUUCACAAAACAAGCAGCAUCGCUUUUCCACCAGGUGUUAUAAGGGCUCAAAAGUAAAUUUAACAAGCUAUGGAUAAGCUUUCCCUUUGAAUGUGUUGCAUGCCUAUAUAUACAUUAGGAAUAACAGGAAAAAUGCAUACCUUUUCAAAGCAACGCAAGUGAAUUAAAAGAAUACGCACACCUUCGUGUAUAAUAGGCACUGAUGUCCAAGUUACGGAACUCCCCCGUUCAUGUCGGUAAAUUUGUUAGGAAUAAGUCACGGAAUGUUUUAAUGCAGACGUUCGCAACACAUAACAUCAAGAUUGGUGCGCAGUGUAGUUGAGGCAUCAUGGUAGGUGUGCAUUAUGUCACAGCGUGCAGGUAUUGUGAAAUGUUCAUUUGAGGGAUGUGUGGAUUUCGAAAAAGGAGAUACAAUCGAAUGCUUUUUUGAUGUAAGAAGCAACUGUUGUGUAAAGACAGAUAUUGGUGUGACCGUCGUAGCUGAGCGACAAAAUGCAUCAGGUUGCUCUGCAUUUCUUGGGUUCGUUGCGUGGUCCUUGGCUCUAGAAUUUGACUUUGAUUCAGUUUUCAUUGACGUUAAGCUUCGCGUUUCAGCAUCUUUCUUUCAGAACGGAGCUUUGAUAUUUUUUAGAAGUCUUCCUCAGUCAUAUGUAGAAGCUGCACCGAACGUAGGCAUGCAUUCUGGAUAAAUGGCGAACAAGACGACAGCGAAAUACUGAUGGCACCGGAAAAUGUGCAUGGACAGUUUAAUAGAUUUUAAUACUUCUCAGCAGUGUUUGUCAUCCUUUAGUGAAACCUUGGCAAGAAGAAAAUUUUAGAAUGCUUCUCAUUUUUAUUUUACUUUAAAUUUUUUUCACAGUACCAGCGCAAUACAUUACAAAAUGUUGCGCAUGUCCGUCUCCAUGUCUGAUAAUGCACCUUCGUAUGUAAUCAGUCACUAACUUAACGCUUUCUUUAUUUGAAAAAGUGCUUCAGGGCGAGACCGCGUAGGCAAUGACAAUCUCAAAACUGGUUUUGUAUUAGAGGCUGUACUUUUAAUAGCGUUC